AUGAUAAAAUCCCUGGAUCCCCGUUUCUCAAUUGCAGGGAGAACAUACUUUUCUACAACACUUAUUCCAAACAUAUACGACGAAACUGCAUCAAAAGUGAAAUCAAGUUUGUCAAGUGCCCAGACUGUAGCGCUUACUACAGAUGGUUGGAGAGGUCGGGCUAAUGAGUCAAAUGCGACUAUAACAUUUAUUCAUAUCACGCAGGAAUUGAGGCUACAGAACUUUGUUCUCCAAACUCGGAUGAUGCCCGAAAGUCACACAGGUGUGAAUAUUGCCGAGGUAAUAAGAGAAGCUAUCGCACACCCACCUUUUGUGGCGGGAAGAGAACUGUCAAAAGCUUCUUGGGGUAAAAAUGUAAAGCAUAUCUGCGAUGUGCCUACUCGUUGGAACUCGGCAGCAGAUAUGCUAGAGCGCUAUUUAGAGUUACAACCCGCUAUCUACGCCACACUUACAUCCAACGAAGUUAAUCCUGCCAAACGGUCCGAGAUCAAUGUCUUGAGUGAAACUGACACUAAAUCAGCUCAAGUGAUUAUGAAAUGUCUCACCCCAUUGAAAACAAUGACUGAUGUCAUUUCUUAUGAAAAGAUGCCAAUAGUCUCUGUCAUCAUUCCUUUAAUACAACAAGUACAGAAGGUAAUGGCUUAUAAUGAGGAUGACGGCCAAACACUUCGGUCUAUUAAGGAAGCAGUAUUUGGGGAUACAGAAAAAAGGUACACCAGUGAGGAGCUGUGGCAUUUCCUAGAGGAGUGUACAGUAUUGGACCCCAGGUUCAAAACCACAUUGGCACCAGAGACACUCGGUGAGACUUAUCAUAGAUUGUCCGUCCUGUUGAGCUCUGGCGGUGUAGAUGUCAGGGUAAAAGUGGAAGAGGUAGAUACAGAUACGGAUUCAACCGAGAAGAAGGUUGAUCUUGCAGCGAUCUUCGAUGACGUUGUCAAGGCAGAGAAGGGCAGCAAAUCUAUUUAUGAGAGGGUGGAUGAGGAGAUUGCCAAGUACAAAAUGGUCCAACCAAUAAAAAUUAAAAUGGAUCCUCUUGUUUGGUGGAAGGAGCAUUGCUUCUACUAUUCUUUACUUGCCAAUCUAGUUAAAGCUCGGCUUUGCAUCCCAGCGACGUCAGUACCAUCCGAAGGCGUGUUCCGCACAGCGGGAGAUACAGUUACCGCCCAGAGAUCUUGCCUAGCUUCAGAUCUUGUAGACAUGUUAUUCUUUUGUAAGAAAAACUGUCAGAAAUGUGACUAA